GUGAUAUUAUUAACCAUGGUCUGAAGUUCAGGAACCACUAUUGAUUAAACAUGCCUGGUCUUGUUGCUUGUAACCGUCGUUGGGGAAUUGGAAGUGACGACCUCCUCUUUCCAGCAUUAUUUGAGAUAGGGAUCCGUAUGCUGUGGUUGUGUGUUGUCAUAGGAAUAUUUGUGAAACACCAAAUUCAUGCAAGCUGCGAUGGUUCAGAACUGUUAAGCAUCUACUUGAUUGGAGUUUUAGUUUGGUUGACCUUAGUUAUAGCUGUCAAUAUGGUGAUCAUAUGGUUUACUACUAAGGGAUCAAUUAUUGAGAUACGUCCUCGACAAUUUGUUUCGAAGCUGUUAUACUUUCGACUGGUGUUAGUAAUACCAGAAAUAGCUUGGACAAUCUUGGGAACUCUGUGGGCAUUUCCAUCAAGUAACCAUGUCUGUGAGUCAAAAGAUGUUGUAAUUAUAGUAAAGAUAGCUACUAUCUUAGCUUGGAUCAUGCUCCUUGCCAUAUUAUUAGGUGUGUUCAUUGUGUUUGAUCCUUUGGGAGCAGUCAAACUGGAGAAUUCAUUGAGCAAUCUUGAAGAUGAUCCAUCACUUUAUGUAGAACUCCCCACAAUAGCAGCAUUAAAGGCAAGACAAGUAUGGAAAUAUAGGAUGAAACUUCUGUGUUGCUGCUGUGCUGGAUUAGAUGAACACAGUCAACAUGCUUACACUGACAUAGCGUCAUUAUUUGCUUCGCUAUUUGAGGAUGUUGACUUGGUUCCAUCAGAUAUUGUUGUAGGGCUCGUCCUUUUACAUACAAAACAAUUUCAAGCAUUGCAGGCAGCGAGUUUAACAUGUGAUCAACCUGAUACAGCUACUCCAAGUUCCUCAUCCAUGGUUAUUACAGCUGGAUCUUGCUCUUCGGUAAUCACCAAAGUACCCACGCAGGAACAAGAGUGGAUGACCAUAAAUAUUGCUUGUCAUUUCAUGAAGUUUGCACGAGGCAGCUAUGGCUGGCCAAUGUUUAUGUAUUCCAACAUUGGUACAGGUUUAUGUCAGCUCUGGACAGAAAUGAAUUGCUGCUUGUGUUGUCGAGGACAACCAGACUUCGUUGUAGAUGACAACUGUUGCCUGUGCCAUGCAGCUGCAUUGAAGAAUAUUACAGGACUAAAAGACAGUGAUUUGAUAUAUGUGUCAUUUCAUAACCGUGUUUAUGCUGUUCCAUUUUAUGUAGCAAUAGAUCAUGCCACAUCUUCCAUUGUUGUGGCUAUUCGAGGAACACUCUCCUUAAGAGAUGCUCUAACGGACCUGAAUGCUGAGUGUGAAUUUCUGUUUCAUUCAGAGAACUGUCCUAGUGGUUUUCUAUGUCACAGAGGAAUAUAUCGUGCUGCUGUUUUUGUAAGAGAUAAGCUUGAAGAAAGCAAUGCUUUGAAUGAUGCUCUAGCUCUAUAUCAGAAUUACUCUCUUGUCAUCACGGGCCAUAGUUUGGGGGCUGGAACAGCUUCAGUUCUCGCUAUUUUGCUGAAACAGAAGUAUCCAGGGGUUCGUUGCUUUGCUUUCUCACCUCCAGGUGGACUUCUAAGUCCAGAUUUAGCAAAGCAAACAGAAGAGUUUAUAUUGUCAGUGAUGUUAGGGGAUGACUUUGUUCCAAGACUGAGUAUUCCUGCAAUUGAAGAACUGAAAAGUAAUCUAUUACAGUGCAUUUUGGAAUGUGAUCAGCCCAAGCAUAAAGUCCUCUUAGGUAGUUUCUGGAAUAUUGUCAAAAGUAACAUGGCUGCUUCUGAACAGAGUGGACCAGAGAAUCGAGCAGCAUCUCCUGGUGUUGGCAUACCUCUAUUAAACUCAACUCAUCAUAGUGUUACUCUUCCUUAUACUCAACCAGUGCAGAGAAAACAUUUUGGCAACUUAGAACGCCAUUGGUCGAAAUGUUCAUCUAUUCCAACAUUAGUGCCGCCAGGGGAAGCUUAUGUACAUACAGAGGACUGUGACAAUUUACCAGUGGAAGUGGGUAGAAGCCUCUUUCUUUGAUAGGAUUACUAUUACUCCAAAGAUGUUGUCAGACCACAUGCCUGAUACCCUCCACCAAGUACUUCAGACUUUCACUGAAGAAAGUGCAUAAUUUAUUUUUUGUCUCCAGGAUUGAUGCUAGUCACGAACUCAUUCUUCCUGAUAGAAAACAUAAAAUGAUUUUCGUCAAAUUCUUUUAUUCAUGUUUCAUUUGAUCACCGUGCUGUUGAAAUUGAAAAUAUUGUUCUUUAUUUACAUAUAAUUUUUUAAUGAUUUAGCAAGUUAUUUACAGUUUCUUUUCAGUUGUUUUACAGAUAACUAAUAACACAUUGUCGACGGGUUACGAGUUUACUCAUGUUUCGUGCAGAGAGUCUUUGUGUGCCAUUUAUUAAAACAUUGAGUUUGAAAGGAGUCGGACGUGUUUUAUUUUGUUCAUAACUCAACUAUAUUUUUUAUUAUUUAUUUGAAACUUACAUGAAGAUACCUAGUAAAUUUUUAAAGUGUGGUAUCUUGUAACACAGUUUCUUAUAUGGAGUGGAACCGCGCAAAACUUGCAUACGUUUCACUUCUUUUCCCAUGAGUACUACAAACUCUGCAGGCUCUGGUAGGAAAUUUCUUUUUUCCUGCAGAUGAAAUGAACACAGGAAUAUGCUGCUUCAUGUCACCAGGCAGUCUUCCUGGGGGAUCCUUAUGUGGGGCUCUCCUUGUACCUGCAGAUGAUGGAUUGGGUUCGUCCCUCUCCAGUUCCAGUGAGCCUUCUUUCUCUUUGUCAGUAAUCCAUUCUCUUGCCACAGAGAGGAGGAACUGCUUAUAUUUUAUUUUUUUGUGUUGAUUCAGGGCUUUGUAGAUUAUAUAUGAAUUGAAAAGGCUGUAAUUUAUUAGAUAAUUUUGUCCAUUUCACUGUUUUUCUAAGAAUGGUGUAGUACGAGAGGUACUGAUUUGCACAAUCAACACCUUUCAUGUGGACAUUGUAUUGCAGAACACACACAGGUUUUUUUAUUUCUUCUCCAGUUAUUCUUUUUUUCUUUCCUAUGGUAGAAACAGAUGAGUCAUAGAUUGUUGAAGCCAUUCUCACUUCUAUCUUGUCUUUCCAUAUGAAAACGAGAACAUCACCUUUUCUACGAAAAGCUGUUUCACCUUUUUUUAUCAUUGUUGAAACUUCAGGCUUGGCAGCAACCCUCUAUUAACUCUGAUUGUUCCACAGGGUCUUGAUUUAUGUUCUAGGAACAGUUUGACAAUGGAAGUACUGUUGUAAUAAUUGUCCUGGUAUACAUGGUGCCACAAUCCAAGAUUGGGAGCAAGAA